AUGAAAUUUUAUUCAAGUCAAUCUCUUCUGCUGCUCGCCGCACCAUUGUUUGUAUCUGGAGCACUAUUUCAAAGAAAUUCCCUGUCGACUUCAUCUUUAAGUCAGCGCACUGAUCUCUUCGGUGUUUCAAAACUUUCCCACAUUGCCAGGGGGGGCUCCCAAGAAAACGAAGAGGCUGAAGUAGAGACACUGUACCUUCCAGGACUCUUGGAUGCUGAGCUAGCUUCGUCAUCGGAGCCAACUGUAUCGUCUGAUUCAACAGUAGUCAUUUCACCAUCCAAAGCGAAGGAACUUUCUUUAAAGAACGAAGAUGUCGUUGUAGUGAUUGGUCGUCGCCGGAAAGCAGCCUAUGGUCGUGUGAGUAUUUCCAAAGGGAGAAAGUCCGUCUGCACUAUUAGUGAGAACCUCGCAAAGAACUUGAGGCUGCGCAAGGGAGACAAAUUGAAGGUCGUUCCUUUGACAGGGGAUGUGGAAUCUAGAAGCGGUGACAUGAUUUUAUUUCAACAUUCUGCUGCGCCCAAGAUUACAUCUGCGACAUUCGCACCUGUCGAAGAUUCCCUGUCGACUCUUGAAGCAAUGGAAGGAGGUGACGAAAUCGCUGACGAAGAUAUUAAGUCUCGUUUCGUAGACCCAUACCUUCAAUCUUUUGAUGGGCUCCUGAAACGUGGCCACAUUCUUCUCCUCAAAGAUGAGAAUGGAAGAAAGCUUGAAUUCAUUGUUACCCACAUGGAAGUUGAAGGACAAGUACCUGCCGAAAGCGAAGAGAAAGACGAGGAAAUUGUCGUUGCCGGUGAAAUGAGUGCCUCGUCUGCAGUCGCCUUGGGUGGUGCCAUCGAGCGUCCAACUGUUGGAUUGGGAUACGACUCUGUUGGAGGAUCUGAAAAGGCUGUCCAGCUCAUGCGCGAGCUAGUUGAGCUCCCACUACGAUUCCCCGAACUCUGGACUACUGCAGGUGUACCUUCGCCAAAGGGUGUUUUGUUACACGGACCACCUGGAUGUGGUAAGACAUUGAUUGCCAAUGCUCUUGUCGAAGAAACUGGUGCACACAUUGUGAUCAUCAACGGACCCGAAAUCAUGGCAAGAAAGGGAGGAGAGAGUGAAGCCAACCUUCGUCAAGCAUUCCAAGAAGCCCAAGAAAAGGCUCCUUCAAUUAUCUUCAUGGACGAGCUUGAUUCAAUCGCUCCAAAGCGUGAUCAAGCGCAAGGUGAAACUGAAAAGCGUGUCGUCUCCCAACUUUUGACCCUCAUGGAUUCGCUCAAGGGAAACAGUAAUGUAAUGGUCAUCGGUGCCACAAACAGACCGAAUGUUAUUGAGUCAGCCCUUCGCCGACCUGGGCGUUUUGAUCGUGAGCUUGAAAUCGUCAUUCCUGAUGAAGAUGGACGACAUGAAAUUCUUAAAAUCAAAACCAAGGAUAUGCAACUUGAAACCGACGUUGAUCUGUUUCAAAUUGCGCGUGACACCCAUGGUUAUGUCGGUGCCGAUCUUCAGCAAUUGACUCUCGAGGCUGCUCUCCAAUGCAUUCGAUCAAACAUGGGAAGCUUUGAUGUCGACAGUGAAGAUCCCGUUCCAGAAGAUGUUCUUGACAACCUCCUAGUCACCAAUGAACACUUUACCCAUGCACUCAGUGAAUGUGACCCUAGUACCUUGCGAGAUAACAAGGUCGAGGUUCCAGACACCAAGUGGGCCGAUAUUGGUGGAUUAGAAGAGACCAAGCGUGAACUCCAAGAAAUGGUUAGAUAUCCAAUCGAGCACAGGCAUCUUUUUGAACGAUUUGGGAUGCAAGCAUCUCGUGGAGUUCUUUUCUACGGCCCACCUGGUUGCGGAAAAACGCUUAUGGCAAAGGCGAUUGCAAAUGAAUGUGGUGCCAACUUUAUCUCUGUCAAGGGUCCUGAGCUCUUGAACGCAUGGUUCGGUGGAUCUGAAGCAAAUGUUAGAAACUUGUUCGAUAAAGCUCGUGCUGCAAGUCCAUGUAUUCUUUUCUUUGAUGAAAUGGACUCUAUUGCACGUGCUCGUGGCUCUGGUGGUGGCAGCUCCGAAACCAGUGACCGUGUCAUUAACCAAAUUCUUUCAGAGAUUGAUGGUAUGGGAUCAGGAAAGACGCUAUUCAUUAUUGGAGCUACAAACCGUCCAGAUAUUUUGGACCCUGGUAUCAUGCGCCCUGGUCGUCUUGACCAGCUUAUCUAUAUCCCACUUCCCGAUAGGGAGUCAAGAAUUUCCAUCUUCAAGGCCAAUUUGCGCAAAAGUCCAAUAUCUAAUGAUCUUGAUAUUGAGCAACUUGCGGACGCGACUGACGGUUUCUCAGGAGCAGAUCUCACCGAGAUUUGCCAACGUGCAGCAAAGAAUGCUAUCCGUGAAAGCAUCACUGCCGAAAUUGAGCGAGAAGAGCGAGUCGAAGCCGGCGAAUUGAGCCAAGAGGAAGCAGAUGCUCUUCCUGAUCCAGUUCCAACGAUUACCCGAGCCCACUUUGAAGCUUCCAUGACCAAAGCCCGUCGUUCGGUUGGUCCCGAGAUUAUCAAACAAUACGACGAUUUCUCCGCAAAGAUCAAGCAACAAUGGAGUUCCAAUGGUGCAGAGGAUGCAAACGCUUACGAUAUUGAUUCUGCUGCUGCCGAGCAAGCUAGAGAAGAUGCAAUGCUUGACGGUGUUGACGAGGAGGAAGAAGCUGUUCCCGCUACUGGAGGAGAGGAUUAA